ACCAGGAUUUGCAAGAGGCGAUAGUCGCUACGCCUUCAUCUGCUUAGAGCUUCGUCUUUUCUCAUUUGCCACCCAUUUUUCAUUCACCAUACAUCGUCGAAAUGCUGUCGUGGUUCGGUGGCGGGGGCCAGAAGAAGAGCGAUGCGACAAAGAAUGCCAUCAUCGGUCUGCGCUCGCAGCUCGAGAUGCUGCAGAAGAGAGAAAGGCAUCUGGAAAACCUUGUGGCCGAACAAGAUGCUGCAGCUAGAAAGUUUGUCAGCACGAAUAAGAAUGCUGCCAAAAGUGCGCUCCGAAGGAAGAAGCAGCAUGAACACUCUCUCGAACAAACCAGCGCACAAAUCUCCACUCUUGAGCAGCAGAUCUACUCGAUUGAAGCCGCAAACAUCAACCAAGAGACCCUGAAGGCCAUGCAGAAUGCAGGUGCCGCAAUGAAGCGGAUUCACGGUGGUCUUACCAUGGACAAGGUCGACUCGACAAUGGACGAACUAAGAGAGCAACAUGCACUUGGCGAGGAAAUUGCGACUGCCAUUACAAGCGCGCCGAUUGGCGAACAACUUGACGAAGGCGAGCUUGAGGAUGAGCUCAACGAUCUUGCGCAGGAGGAAUUGGACAACAAGAUGCUCAAGACAGGAACUGUGCCUGUGUCAGACCAGGUGCACAGACUGCCCACCCCUGCAAGCGGCGAACUCGCUGGCAAAGCUCCCGCCCAUAUCGAGGAAGAAGACGACGAAGAAGCCGAAUUACGGAAGUUGCAAGCGGAAAUGGCCAUGUAAUCUCCCUCUACGUGGCCUUGAAAUCAACCUGGGCCUUUCCCAUCUGUAGGAGAUUUGGCGUUUCUCAUCUUUCUAUCUCAAGUCAUAUUUCUCUAGACUUUUUGCUUGUCGCUUCCACGGGAUCUGACCUUCUGAUAUCGUUCACAUUACAACCAUGCCUGAGGUUACUUUGUCUGGCUCGCUCCCUUUCCGCCAAACCAUAACGAGACAUUUCCCUCACCCUAACUUUACAUCUGUCUUCUGUCUCGUCUCCG